AUGCCAGCUCAGAAUUUCAAGAAACUCGUUAUUUCUGUGGGCGGGACCUUUCCUACUUUCAAACAGGCGGACCUGAAGGCGCUCAUUGAGAAUCAGGGAGCGACAUUUAGCACUGUGGUAACAGAUGAUUGUACACAUCUAGUGACCACUGAGAAGGAUGUGGAGAAGCAGACCACCAAAUACAAACAAGCUUCUCAGCUCGCCAAUUGUCACAUUGUCCCACUUUCGUGGCUCCUUGAAUCAGCCAAGGCCAAGAAACCGUUGGCAGAGUCGAAGUACUCCUUUGGCCAGACCAAUCAGGCAUCUCAAGUGGAUAAUGACACACAGCAGAAGACCAUGGACGGCAGCGCAUCUCUCCCUGUGGACAACAAGCGUGUGACCAGGACCCGAGGUGCGGAGGUGGCCUCUGCUGGGACUGAUGCCGGGAAAACACCAGACGGCAGUCAGAAUAAUGGGGAAAACGGGAGGUCUAAACCAUCCGAGGAUAAAAAGCCCGCGAGCAAGAAACGAGGCUCGGAUGAAGACACUGUUAAAAACGGUCCCAACAAAAAGACAAAGGACACCCAGAAGACAGCCACAAAGGCAAUUCGAGUCCCAAUUGAUGAGGGAUUUGAGGCACUGGGUAAACUAAAGGACCCCAAGGUGUACAUUGACUGUGCAGGCCUCAUCUGGGAUGCCACGCUGAGCCAGACUGUGGCAGCCAACAAUGCCAACAAGUUUUAUCGCGUCCAGUUGUUGGUCGGCGCAAACUACAAAUACUUUGCCUGGACGCGCUGGGGUCGAGUUGGGGAGCAUGGGCAAUCGGCCUGUCUCGGAGACGGCAGUUUGGCAGGCGCCAUGCAACAGUAUCAGAAGAAGUUCAAGGACAAGUCAGGCCUUAAAUGGGAGAAUCGGCUCGAUACACCCAAGCACGGAAAGUACACUUUCCUUGAGCGCAAUUAUGAAGAGGACGAUGAAGGCGAGGAGCCUGUAAAAAAGGAGAAGACUAUCAAGGAAGAAGAAGAUGUGCCGAUGGUUCAGAGCACCUUGUCCAAUGGGCUUCAAGACCUCAUGUCUUUCAUCUUCAACCGACAGAAUGUUCUCGACACAUUGGCCGCAAUGUCCUACGACGCCAACAAACUGCCAUUGGGAAAGCUGAGCGAGAGGACUUUGAAAAGCGGCUUUUUAGUUCUGAAAGAAAUAUCAGAGCUUAUGGCCACGCCAGCCGUGGCACAAGAAAAAUAUGGCGAGCCGUAUAAUGCUGCCGUGGAGACAUUGAGCAACCGAUAUUUCACUUUGAUUCCGCACGUCUUUGGCCGUCAUCGGCCCCCAACCUUGAACACAAAUGCGCAGAUCAAGAAAGAAAUCGAACUGCUGGAGGCGCUGACUGACAUGGACGUUGCGAAUGAGAUCAUGACAUCGUCCAAGGAAGACGAUGACAUCCACCCGCUGGAUCGCCAGUUCCAAAGUCUGGGUAUGAAGGAGAUGACCGAACUGGACCCCAAAUCAACUGAGUUCAUAGAACUCGAGAGCUACCUCCAGAACUCACGCGGUGAGACACACCACAUGAGCUAUAAGGUAGUCAACAUCUUCCGCAUCGAACGCCAAGGUGAAAACGACCGCUUCAACUCAUCCUCUUACGCCGACAUCGCAAACAGCGACCGCCGCCUCCUCUGGCACGGAUCCCGCAGUACAAACUUCGGUGGUAUUCUCAGCCAAGGACUGCGCAUCGCACCUCCCGAAGCACCCGUCAAUGGUUACAUGUUCGGCAAGGGUGUUUAUCUAGCAGAUACCUCCAGCAAAUCCGCGAAUUACUGUUGUCCCCAAAACAGCCGGGGGAUGGGACUUCUUCUUCUUUGCGAUGCGGAACUUGGUGCUCCUAUGCUGGAGCUUGACAGGUCUAAUUACAAUGCCGGUGAAGACGCACUGGCUGCUGGAAGCAUUGCGACGCUCGGCAGGGGUAGGAACAUUCCUGGUGGGUGGAAGGACGCGGAAUGUUUGAACCCGACCUUGGCAGGUGUGAAGAUGCCUGAUGUGGUUGUUGGGAGCGCCAAGGAAGAUGAGAGUCGGGGCCUAUGGUACAAUGAGUACAUUGUGUACGAUGUUGCGCAGAUCCGACAGCGCUACUUGUUCCAGGUUAAGAUGAACUGA